AUGUCUAACCUCGACCGACAUCAACGGGGGCUGAGCGACCGCAACGCAGAGAACAAGCCGUCUCCUCGCGCAAACCGAUCUUCACACCUCAGAAACGACUCGUUUACUUCUCGAAUACCUACUUUAACCCCCAAAAAUGGCGAAAAAUCCCGGAUUCCCUUUACCAAUACGCGAACACUUACGGGAGCGUUCAAGGCAACUGCCGGCCCUCCAGACGCGUCGGAUAAUUCUAAAAAGACCGCGCGGAGAUAUACAACAGAAGGGAAGGAAAGAAACCGCUCUGCGACUUCUCCUUCGCCUCGCAUUCCCAGUCCGCAGGGUGAAUCGCGGGACACAAACCGACGGAAUCAGAGCACGGAUGGUCUAGCAAGGCACGAGAACCAAACCGAAUUCGAUACCCUGCCACGACGAGAGUGGGUUGAACAGUUACAAAAUUUUUCGCCGAGUCCAGGUGCUCGUCACCACGAUAUGAGGGCGCUAGAUUACAGAGAGGAUGCGUAUGACUCCGGACUCAGUAACCUAGACGAGAUCACGGAUGAAGAUUUGAGAAGAAGGUUAGAGCAGCGCGAGAAGGAUGAAAAACGCCUGCAACGCGUACGAGGUGGAGAUCAGCCAAUAUUCAGCAAGGCGAAAAUAGGUUCCAGAGCGGCUUUAUCCACUGAGAAUCUACUGCGUCGAGACGAGGAGGUUCAGCACGAAGAGGCGCAGGAAGAGGCGAUCGAUGAAGGGAGGAAUCCUCCACUGAAUAUUCCGAAGCCAUGGGGAACGCGUGGUAGGGCCACAAAUGACUGGCUAAAUCGAACUAAGCGCGAAACGCAAAAUGAUUACAUGGCUGAUGUGGAAGAGCAGCAGCUGUCUCUUGACUGGGAGAAUGACGCAUUUGAUUUUACAGCUCGAUCUUUGCAAAUAUCUGAUAGUCCGCCUGUUCGAAGCGCGUCGCAAUAUCAAAAAACUUAUAACGCGGAGCCGUUGAACCAGCCUGCUUUCUCGGGGGCCGCGGAGCGUUCUCCCCCAAAGCAACAAGAACAGCAGACGCAUCCUAGUGAUAUGGCAAAGGAGUCUCCCAUCGUGGUGUACAGGAAUAACAACUAUGAAAGGCCGCGGGUGUUCAGCAAAGAAGACUCUCAGGAUCUUCUACGAAGGCUCACGCGAAAGGAAAGCCCAAGUCUAGUCAAUACACCGGAAUCAAAAACCGGUACCAAUCCGCCGCUCAACCCGAAAACACCAGUAGUCACAGGUGCCUGGGUUGAUACCCCUUUACCAAAACAACCUGUUGGGCCUCCGGAAGAAAAGCCGAAGCCACCCAUACCUCCGCAAGUGAAAGAUUCCAAAACCCAAGCAGUUGAACCGGUAGAAGAAAGAAAAGAGCCUACCCCGAAAAAGGUGCAACCAAAACGAAACCCCCCAGUAAUACUUGAGAAACCGGAUUUACCAAAAAGCGCACUGGCUGCUGUGAUCGAAAGCGUAAGAGCUGGGAACAACGAGUUUGCCCUCGGAGAGACUACCAUUGAAUCACUUCAAGACCUUCUAGAAGAUACCUCGACGAGUAUUUCCGAUACGAAGUUCCCGAAAAAGACCGGAAACAUUAGUACUAAUACUCUAAAAGCAGUCAGGCCAGUGGAUGAAGGUGAAGAGGCUUUAAUCGACCGAUUAAACUCGAAACUUCAAUCCCUCGUUCAAAAUAUCAACGAGGCCAAAGCCGGCCUCGUCAGCCUGGAAGACAAGGCUAUAAAGGAAGCCGCCCUUCUCGCCACCCGCAAUCCCCAAGAUUCCUCCAAGAAGAGGGCAUCUCACACCCACAAAGACGGGGCUGGUCCCUCAUAG